CGGCGCCAUGUGGGGCGUUCACCGCCGCGCGCGUUGCAGCUGUUGCAUCGCUCAUUUCAGUUCGUACGAUACCUAGCAGAGAUCUGGUUGGAACCACAGUCACCAAGCUCAAACAGUAAGAUGUGUACCUGUAGACCAAGAAAUUCUCUUUGCAUGCUGUAUCUCCUGGCCUUCAUCUGCUUAGCAGUUAACAUCAUGUUUGUCUUCCACCACUUCGUCCUUGAUCACACCGCCGACGAGAGGUAUAAACACUUAAACAAGCUAGCCCAGGAUCAAACGAGUUUAGGACGUGAUCUGAAAUCGAAUCAUGGGCACUCCAACCAAGCCCAGGCGAAUCCGGGACAAGAAGCGCUGAACAGAAACCGGGAGGGGGACAAUUCUCUGCAGGAAAUGCUGCAAGGGAAUGAAAGAUUGAUGAGAGGAAAAGCUGAUGCCGCCUUUCAGCAAGGUAAAAUGAGGGCUGGUCUGAAGAAGGAAUUGAACCAUCGUGAACCGGCUGAUAAGUUUAAGGAUGUGCCGGUCAGGCAAAAUGUUGAGUACGUAAAAGAUGACGUCGAUGGAGAAGAGCUUCCGGCCGAGCAAAAUGACAAGAUGGUGAAGGAUGGCGUGGGGGAUGUUCUCGACGACGACGAGGAGGAAUCCCCUUACUUUGAGAACGCGCGUGAGGUUGACCGUAGCGGCCCAGGGAUGAUGGGGGAGGCCGUGAAAAUUGUCGGCCUGUCGGCGUCGGAGAACAUGCGGUUGGAAGCUGGAAAGAAGAGCCACGCCUUCAACGAGUUAGCAAGCUCCAAGAUGUCGCUACACAGGACGCUUCCUGAUGCAAGAUUCCCUGCGUGUAAGACGCAAACAUAUCCGCACGACCUUCCGAAGACCAGCAUCAUCAUCUGUUUCCACAACGAGGCGUGGUCUACCCUCCUCCGCACCAUUCACAGCAUCACGGACAGGUCGCCUCUACGCCUGAUUCACGAAAUCGUCCUCAUUGACGAUGCCAGCAAUCUUGACCACUUGAGGGAACCCCUGGAGGACUACAUUGCCCUGAUUCAUGAGGUGCGGAUUCGUCUCCUUCGGUCCCCGGAGCGUGUUGGCUUGAUCCGAGCGCGCAUGCUUGGUGUAGACGCCAUGAAAGGGGAGAUCAUCACUUUCCUUGAUUCACACGUCGAAGUUAUGGUUGGCUGGUUGGAGCCCCUACUUGCCCGUGUCGCCGCUGACCGGACCAGGGUUGUCUUGCCCGUCGUGGAUGAAAUCAGCCAGGAGGACUUCAGGUAUCAUGUGGUCCCUGAACCACUCCAGAGGGGUGGAUUUAAUUGGCGCUUCCAGUACCGGUGGGUGGAAGACCCCGGAUAUCCCUAUCGUUCGUCCAAGGCAGACCCCAUACAGUCCCCGGCCAUGCCGGGUGGUCUUCUCACCAUGGACAAGGAAUUCUUCAUCAAACUCGGCGGCUACGACCCCGGAAUGGAAAUCUGGGGCGGAGAGAAUCUUGAGGAGUCUCUGAAGAUCUGGACCUGCGGUGGCAGCAUUGAGAUCAUCCCUUGCUCGCGCGUGGGUCACAUCUACCGCAACCGAUCUCCCUAUUCCUUCCUGGGCAAGAAACCGAUGGAUGUAGCCGAGAGGAACGCUAUGAGAGUGGUGGAGGUAUGGACGGACGAUUACAAGGAGCACUUUUAUAACCGGCUUCCUCACCUCCGGAGCAAAGACUUUGGGGACGUAGGGAAGCGCCGGCAGCUGAGAGCAAAGCUCGGCUGCAAGAGCUUCGAGUGGUACCUGAAGAACGUGUACCAGGAGCUGUACGUGCCGGACAUGGACGAGGUGCAGAAGUAUUCUGCUGCGAUUUCCAGUAAGUCCGGGGUGUGUUUGGAUUCAAACGAUCAGAAUGGACAGACUGGGAAGAGGUUGAUCGUGUGGGGUUGCCAUGGACUCGGAGGAAACCAGUAUUUUGAGCUCACCAACAAGGGACAGCUUCGGAACGACGAACUUUGUCUGGAGCCCGAUAACCUCAAUCGCUACGUCCUCUUGCAAAAGUGCGCCCCCAUCGGGAAAAGGCUAACCAAACAGACAUGGAGAUACGAAGAGCAGGGCAGCAGAAUACGACACGUCCCUUCAAGCCUGUGCUUGCAUGUGGCCAAGGCGGAGAAAGGAACCGAAGUGGAGAUCCGAAUGUGCCGGAGCAUGGACCUGGGCCAGAAGUGGACGUUCACGUGAUAAGUCUGGCAUAGGGCAACAAUACUUGCCUAUACAGUGUUGAGUAGGCGGGGUUCGCUUUCUGUCUUAAUAUCAAUAAAGUGGGGCUCAGUGUGAAACCUUUAAUACAGAGGCAAUCAACUUUAUUCAAAGGUCGGCCAUGUUGAAUUGAGAGCGAGAUUAUUAUUAUUUUUUUAAUUCUUGGAACCUCUGAGUAAAACCAUAAAGCCAUGAACUAAAAUUCAUUACUGAUGAAUUUCAUUUACGAUGAUGACUAAUUUGAAAUAAGUGAUUUAUUACACCUAAAUGUUUUAAGCAAUCUGUUUUUACAAAAUGAGAGUGAGGCAUGGCUCCCAAAACAGUCUGGCACUACCCUAUUCGUUGUAUAAAAUAGCUUCAGGGAACAUGAUAAAAAGGGCUUCCUUCUGAAUAAGGUCUAUUGACGACAAACGUUAGAGUUUCCUUAUAUACAUGUACCUAGCAUCCUUUUAGGUGAUUGUUAAGUUAAAUUCUGCUUUUAGUUGAAUUCGUUAGUACAAGAUGUUUUAAGUAGCUUUCUGGUUAUCAGUUGGUUUUAGUUUGCACGAGGUACAAGCAUCUAAGUGGUCCAACGAGUAUCUUUAAACUGAACUUGUCAGAGACAUUUAGCGCUAUUUUUAUUUUUGUAGCUUGUCUAGUACAGAACUCUCGAGACGAGUCGGUAAACACGUUUAAAACACGUUUGGUUGGUGUUGCAAAAAGGUUUGACCAAAGGUAUCCUUGAAAAAAAAAAUGAUGAAAACUGACGUAUGCUCUUAGUAUAUUUGAAAUAACCGGGUGUCUCUCAAACUGUUUUCACAAAAGAAGAACUUAUCGAAAUGUUAAUUUCAGAACCACACGUUAAAUUCAGACUUUUCAGGCUGCAGAUUUUUGUGGAAGAGUCUUUCAGGAUGACUUGACACGAAAAAUCAAAAGAAAAAAUAACGGCAAUUUACCGCGAACAAAUGUCCCAGCGAUGGUCUUGUAUCUUCAUGUGCAGUGGGCGUGGUUUAAACUGAAGUGGCGUCACACUUGCGAACCGGAUACUGCAUGUACUGCCUCGACCCCACGGGCGCGCGAGGAAGUCCAACACAGAGAGCCUCGGUUUCGAUGCGGAUAUGCGCAGACGGCGUUAAUGUGAAAUCCCUCUAUUACAUUGCGUGCUUCAGCAUGACUGCUGCAAUACCAUAUAGUCGUGGUUAUAUGCGAAUCAACCGGAAAUGAGUCAGAGGUGACAAGAACAUUGAACGGUAGAUAAAGAAUACCACAGGAAUGGUAUUUACACGGUUCUUUGAAUAGCUUGUUGUGAGAUGGAUUGUGAUAAUAAGAGCAUUUCUCGGCUAUUAUUGAUUUUAAUAUGUGACAAUUUUGCAGAUGAUGAUAAAGUUUUGUAAAUUGUAUUCCGAAUUUGUACAGUGCGCAGCUGCAUAGUUUAAGGCAGUUAUUUCUUCAUAAAGCAGUGUAUACAAUAGAUGCGGCGUUUUUCUCAUUUUUUCAAGAGCAAUAAAUAAAUAAAGCAGUUUUGAGCUUUUCAUUCGAA